AUGAUAGAACUGCUAGACAGGUCCAUUGGAAAUAGAAUUAAAGUUAUCCUGAAGGCAGAUCGAGAGUUUUGUGGAGUCCUCUGCGGGUUUGAUGAUUUUGUCAACAUCGUUUUGGAAGAUGUCACUGAGAUAUUUACCAACCAGGAGGGUCGACACGAGUGCAAGCUCUCUAGAGUAUUACUGAAUGGAAAUAACAUUUGCAUGAUAAUCCCCGAAUAA